GUUUACCAGCCACGCACUGCCUGCACUCGCUCAAUCCAUCGCCGGGCUGCAAAGAUGUGACUCCGUCCGGGUUUUCAAAAACCAAAUUUUAGUCUCUAUUGACGGCCCAGAACAGAACGAUGCGAGGGGAUUCAUAACGGGUCACUGUCUGAACAAUAAUGCCUUCAAAGUUGAGUUACACCAGCCUCAAAACUGAGGCGAUAAGGAAAUCACCGUGGCAACCCUGUGUUGUGCACAGGUAGUGUUGUGACUCUAGUGAGAUCUCCUGACCUCUGUGACCUCUGAGUCAAGAUGGCAAUGCAGCGAAAGCACCUAGUCCAAGAUUUCAACAGAUACAUCACCUGCUCAAUUUGCCGUGGAUACCUUAUCAAGCCCACUGCUGUCACAGAAUGCCUGCACACCUUUUGUAAAAGUUGUAUUGUUCAGCACUUCGAGGAGAGUAAUGAGUGUCCGGAGUGUGGGAUACAGGUCCAUGAAACAAAUCCUUUAGAGAUGCUGAGGAUAGAUAAGACCCUGGAGGAGAUCAUCUUUAAGCUAGUGCCUGGACUUAGAGAGAAGGAGGAACAACAGGAAAGGGAUUUUUGGAAUAAAAAUAAGACAAAAACAAAUGAAGAUGGCCCCAGGGCUAAGAAAGCUCAUCUGAGUGAUGACGAGGAAGAUGAUGGAAGGGGUGGAGACUACCACAGGAGUGAUCCUCAGAUUGCUAUUUGUCUGGACUGUCUACGAAACAAUGGCCAAUCAGGAGAAAGCAUAGUAAAGGGUUUAAUGAAGAAAUUCAUCCGUUGCUCCACUCGUGUUACAGUGGGAACUAUUAAGAAGUUUCUCUGUGUAAAAUUGAAGCUGCCAAGCUCAUAUGAGCUCGAUGUUCUGUGUAAUGGGGAGAUCAUGGGCAAAGACCACACCUUGGAAUUCAUCUAUCGCACUCGUUGGAGACUACAAGGAGACAGCGUAAGUCUGCCUAUCCUAUGGUUCUGGAGUACCGUCCAAGGAUCGACUUUGGUUAAAUGGCACUAACAGCUUUCUGGAAAUGUCUCCAAUCUUAUGCAGACUGAUGUCAAGAGUCAGACACUAAAUAACUGAAUGAUUGUGCCUCUGUUGAAAGACAACAACACAAAGCCCUAUGACUGACAAGACUGCUCUCCUAUUCAUGUGCACUGCUUCAGCCUCUACUCCUCUUAUCCUCCCUCCUUCAUGCACCUGAUUGGCAGUUGUGGCUCCACCCACUGGCACUGUAUCAAGUUUGAUGAUUAUGUUCCACCAAAGCUUUCUCUGAAUGUUGUCUCUAUGACGACGCCUUAGUUUAAGGUGGUCCGUUGGGAUUAUCUGAUACCAAUCGAGCAAAGACAGUAAGCUAAAAUUUAUCUCAAAAGAUACGCCCCAUCCAAGUGACAGUAGAAAGGGAAGAGUGAGGAGAGGUGGAGAAAUAUUUAGGAUGUAGAAGUCUAAGUUACACUCACUAGAAGGUAAGAGGAUUUCAGUGAUAUUAGAUGAUUGUUUUAUUAGGUGUUUUUAUCCAGAGUUUGCACUAGAGGCAAAUCCAAAUGCCUUGUUGUAUUUUUUCCAUUCUAUCUCUCUCUCUUUCCCUUAUAUACUUUUCUCCCUUGCUCUCACCACCCACAUUGUCCUUCAUAAAUUCAGUAAUGAUUUUUCAUGUCAUCAUUCUCUCUCACACACGUUCACUCUCUUUCCAUGCCUCUUUCCAUCUCACACUCUCAUUUUUCUCCAAUGGUGUUUUUGGCUCUGGUCUGAAGUAUUGAUGGAUCGCAUUCAGUUGUAAUUGAAUAAGAGGGCUAUAGGCAGGGGCAUAGAUUCCGAUAAUCAAAACAAGGAAGUACA